AUGAGCAACUAUAAGCAAACUGAGCUUAAAAGAAACAAAGGUGAUUCCAAAAAUAUCUCACUACUUUCAGCCUCGAGUCUUCAUGAAGGACAUUCAAAUAUGCAGAUGUGGAGAAGAAGAUGGGAACCAUGCCUACCACAUAUAUUAAGAUCCCCAUUAUUAGUCAAAGAGGUUUCGGUUUUCGAAGGAAUGGGUAGAAUGGAAAGAUCAGACGUUUCAGCUUACUUUCCCUUGACAUCUGGAAGUAGCCUGGUAAAAUUUGAAGCAAUUUCGGAUGGAAGUAGCUCUUGGAGGAAGUUUCCCGCCAGAAGAAUUGGAGUAGUAUUAUCAGGAGGUCAGGCCUCCGGAGGCCACAAUGUAAUCGCAGGUUUAAUGUCCUAUAUUAAGCUUUGUAACCAAAGUAGUCAACUUUUUGGAUUUUUGGGAGGCCCGGAAGGAGUAUAUACAGAGAAAUACAGAGAGCUAACUGAAGAGGAUAUUAAUGGCAUACUUAACCAAGGAGGUUUUAAUGUAAUAUGUUCAGGUCGUCACAAAAUUGAGACAGAAGAACAGAUGAAAGCUUCCUUGGAGAUUUGUGAAAAGCUAAAAUUGCAUGGACUGGUAAUUAUUGGAGGAGAUGACUCGAAUACAAAUGCAGCAAUUUUGGCUGAAUAUUUUAAAUGCAACUCAUCUAGUACAGUUGUAGUUGGAUGUCCAAAGACCAUAGAUGGAGAUUUGAAAAAUGAGGUAAUAGAGACAUCUUUUGGAUAUGAUACAGCAAUUAAGACAUAUAGUGAACAGAUUGGGAGCAUUAUGGAUGCAGUUAGAACAGAGAAAGAUAGAUACUAUUUUGUAAGGCUGAUGGGAAGAUCUGCAUCUCAUAUUACUUUGGAGUGUGGUCUUCAAACAAGAGCAAAUAUGAUUAUAAUUGGAGAGGAAAUUAAAGAAAAUAACCGAUCUUUGAUGUCAAUUGUAGAUGAUAUUGUAGAUAUGAUUAUAAAAAGAGACUCAUUAGGAAAGAGAUAUGGAGUUGUGCUAUUACCUGAAGGGUUAGUAGAGUUUAUUCCGGAAUUUGAGGCAUUAAUUAAAGAAUUAAACCUCAUUUUACUUAAAACAAGUGAAAGGAGGCAGAUUAUAGAUAGCUUAAGCCAAGAAAUGAAGACUCUUCUUUUGAAACUCCCUUCUGAUGUACAGAAUCAACUUCUUUUGGAGAGGGAUCCACAUGGUAAUGUGCAAGUAGCCAAGAUAGCAACCGAGGAACUGUUGGUACAUAUGGCAAGGGAAAGACUUGAACAGAUUGGGAAGGCUCAUAUUUUGGACAGUGUAAAAACUCACUACUUUGGAUAUGAGGGAAGAUGUGCUUUGCCUUCAAACUUUGAUGCAAGCUAUUGUUUCGCCCUUGGACAUACUGCAGCAGCUCUGAUUGACAAUCAGCGUUCAGGUUAUAUGGCAGUGGUUAGAAAACUAAAUCUAAGCCCCGAACAAUGGGAGCCAGCAGGAUGCCCUCUCACAUAUAUGAUGAAUAUCGAACUUAGAAAGGGGAAAUCUGUUCCUGUUAUUAAGAAGUACUUGGUAGAUCUUAAGGGGCAGUCUUACUUAGCUUAUUGCCAAGUGAGAUCGGAGUGGAAAUUGAAUGAUUAUUACAGGAAUCCAGGACCAAUACAGUUUGAUGGCCCUAAUUCGGGAAUAACUAAUUAUAUGAUAUCUCCCCCAAAAGUGGAGGAUUUAUUAAGGAUUGAAGAUAAACAUGAAAUUAAGACAAAAAAUAAAUCAUCAAGUUCAGAUAACUUUCAAACCAGUCAAAAAGACGAGAUAAAGAUACCAAAGAUUCUACUUUCAGCCGCCUCUAGAUUUAAUGAUGAUUUAAUCAUUUCCUCAUCAUGUAGAGAUUUGGAAGCUUCUAUUAUUACCAAGUGUUUACCUCAUCAGACAAGAAAGCAUAACAAUAGAAUACUACAAUUAAGAGAAGAGGAGAAUUUUUCAGGACACACAGAAAUUAGAGAAAACAGCCAGUGCAAAUCUUCCAUGAGUAACUCAUUUGCUUGUGAUUCACUUGGAUUAAUUCUAUCAUGUCUCUCAACUCCUGGAGCUCAGAAUGUAAUUUGUGGGUUAGUCAGUGGGCUCCCAUCACUUAAACAACUCAUAGUUUUUAAGUCUCUAUCAGAGUUUUUACAAGGAAAGGCUCUAAAAGUUGAUCUUAGUUCUGAGGGGUCUUUAAAGUUUUUUGAGGAUUCUCUCAAUUCUGGUGGUUGCACAUUUCCAAACGGAGUAGAAGUGACAAUGAAUAGUUUCUCAGAAAAAAAAAGCUCUCUCACAGCUUUAAAGCCAAGUGAAGCUCAAGAAUUCGCAAACAAUUCGUGCAUCUUUUCAUGCAGAGGACUGACCAGCAAUGACUUCCUUUCCCAGCUUUUGUCAUUUUUUAAUAUUAAAGCUUUUGCAAUUGUGGGGAACAGUGAGGCGGCAACAUUUGGCGCCUCACUAUCAGAACAAUUAAUUUGCAUGUCAUUAAAUAACAUAAAGAAUGAGAUUCCGGUGGUAUUUAUCCCUGUUUGUUUGGAGAAUAGUAUUUCUCACCAAAUGAUUGAAACAUGUGUUGGAUUUGAUUCUGUAUCCAAGAGUAUUUCAACUUUGGUUGGGAAUUUGUUGACAGAUUCAGCUUCUGCAACAAAGUAUUGGUAUUUCAUGAAGAUAAUCGGUGAGAAGACCUCAAAUGUCGCUUUGGAAGUUGGGAUUCAGACUCACCCAAAUUUGGUUGUAAUUCCAGAAAGAUAUACAGAUGGGAAACUGUCAGUUUAUGGUUCGGAAGUAAUUGGGGCCACAUUGGAUGAUAUUAUUACUGAAAUUUGUGAUAUAAUUUGUUUAAGGUCUAAUCAGGGAAAUAAUUUUGGCGGGCUAUUAGUAUCAGAAGGCCUUUUUGACCAGGUAUACCCAACAAGAGAGUAUAGAAGAUUAUUUUCAAGAUUUGGCACUCAGAAUUUAAAUAAUGUUUUAAAGUCAGAAGUAUCCAAUAUUUUGAGUUCUGAGAAUCCGAGUAAAUAUGAAAAGAAGAUUAUUGAGGAUUUUAAACUUAUAUUUAGCGAUAUAGAUGCAAAGCUAAUUGAGAAUUUGGUCAAUACGAAAAAAAUAUGCGACGUUCAGACUGAGGUUAUUUUAGCAUCUCUAGUUCAAAAGGAACUUAAAUUUAGAAGAUCCAAAAACAAAAUUAAGAAUGGAAUGAACCCAGUAUGUUUCAGCUUCACAGAUCAAGUCAGAGCAUGCUUUCCUUCAGAUUUUGAUUCCUCACUUGGUUUCAUGUAUGGAAUGUUGGCAUCAAAAAUUAUUAAUAGUAACUUAGUUGGGGGAUAUGUAACAGGGAUUAAAGGAGUGUUAAAUCAAACAAAUAAUUGGAACAUGUAUGCUCUCCCUAUUUCAUCAUUAAUGACCUUAGACAUUGAAAGAAUUAAAGAAGUACAAGGCCUAAGAAAUGACCUUAAUGUUUCGUUAGAAUCAAAAAAACUUUUAACCGAGGGUACAAAAUACGAAACAAACCAUCAACAAACAUUUAUUUGCAAGCUAAACUCUAUUAAUUUGAGUAAUAACGCCUCCUUUAGACUUCUAAUGAACCAUAUUGAAAAAUGGGAGGUUGAUAAUAACUAUGCUAAUCCAGGCCCUAUACAGUACUAUAAUGUUUUCAAAAACCUAUUUAAUAGGACACUGUUUGAAAAUGAAUACAUUUAUGCACGAAGCCUAAAAGAAAUUGAUCAAAUCCUGCUUGAAAUCAAAACAUCAUGCCAACUCGGAGUUGAAAAGGAUGUUCUAAACUCUACUAUACACCACUUAAGAGCCGUACAAAAUUCAAUUACAAUUAUGAACAAUUGUAACCACAGAAAGUUUAAACCAGAACAAAUUGAAUGCAUACAGAAAAAAAACUCAAUUAGUGACUACAUAUCAAACUUAAGGUGCAGAAAUAAUAUCAACGAAACUAAUCUAGAAAUGAUUGUCGAUAAUGUUGUUAAUCAAGAAACCUGUAAUUAA